GGCCAAUGUGGGCUGUGUCGGGAUCCACAAGGAAAGUGCUGCGGAAGUAAUGAGUGGAGGCAGUUCAGGAAACGGGCAUAUUUCUGGGUAUGAAAAAUCUGGAGGCGUUGCCGAUGUAGUGUUUGCCUGGGCAGUGGCUCGUGCGAAAAUCAAGCAAUGCGCGCGCUAUCCAGGUCAGAAGCGAGGAGACAGCACGCAUUUUUGAGAUAAAUUACCAGCCCGCUAGUCAUCAACCAAAAGGGUGAAAAGGACCUGGUAAAAUAGGCGGAUUCGUAUGCUCAUGGUACUUUCAAAACCGGAGGAGAUACAUAGCAGCUCAGAAUGUACAUAAUCAGCGUGACAAACUAGCUGAAUCAGCCUUUGCCCGGAAACUAAAAUCGUCCUGGAGGGCAAAAACGCCAAGAGCACCCCUGGUUCUACAGCCUGACGCUGACAUAAUUGCCAUAUUUCUUACUUUUCCCCUAAAGAAAACAACCCCAGCUUGAUCGGAAGAAAACUGCAAUCUCCGUGCCAAGAUUCUAUCGGAAAUCCAGUUUUUCAUGCGAAACUUCUGUUGCUGCGCCGCACCACGCACCCCAAACCCGAUUUUCGCAAAAACAAAUAU